AUGGGCGCUGAAUCUAACAAGAGUGUCAAAGAGGGCUCGGACCUCAAAGUCACACUCGAUGCACACAACAUUGAAUUCGCUAACGGCGAUGUCACGAACUACGGCAUGACUCCACAGGAGGAACGCGUUAUGGUUCGCAAGAUGGAUCUUCACAUCUUUCCAAUUGUGAUCGCCUUGUACAUUUUGUCUUUCCUCGACAGAGUCAACAUUGGCAAUGCUCGUCUUUACGGCCUCGAGGAAGAUCUAGGGCUCAAAGGCGAAGACUACCAACUUUGUGUCUCCCUUCUCUUCAUCACCUACGUCAGUUUCGAGAUGCCAGCCAACCUGCUCCUCAAGAUGGUCCAACCGCGGCGCUUCAUCCCAGCCACAGCUCUUGGCUGGGGCCUUGUGUCUCUCUGCAUCGGCUUUGUGCAGAAUAAGACGCAGUUGAUCGCCCUCCGACUUCUUCUGGGCCUCUUCGAGGCGGGAUACUUCCCUGCUAUUUGCUUCUACCUGACCUUCUUUUACCGACGGCGAGAGCUUGCUCUGCGCAUCUUCUUUCUCUUUGCUGCUUCUGCGGUUUCGGGGUCAACAGGUGGCCUUCUCGCCUACGCCAUUGGAUUCAUGGAAGGAGUCCGUGGAUUCAGGGCAUGGAGAUGGCUCAUGAUUCUCGAAGGCAUCCCCACAAUCCUGUUUGGUAUCGCCUCAUACUUUAUCCUGUCCAACGAUCCGCAGAGCACCAACUACUUGACCGAGCGGGAGAAGGAGCUUUGCAAGAUCCGCUCUCAUCUGGACGGCACGUCACUGGGUCUUGCAGGCGACGAGAAGAAGAUUGACUGGCAGCAGUGCUUCGAGGCCUGGAAGGACUGGAAGGUCUGGACUAUCGCCCUCGCGCAACACGGCGUCACGGUCAUGCUGUACGGCUACAGCACCUUCUUGCCCACCAUCAUCCGCGCACUGGGAUACAGCGGCAUCCACACCCAGCUGCUCACCAUCCCCUGUUAUGCCGCGGGCGCGGUGGUGUAUCUUUGCAUUGCCUACUUCUCGGACAAGACUGGCAAGCGUGGAAUCUUUGCCGUCGGUGGGUGUCUCACUGCCUGCCUCGGGUACGCCAUACUUCUCGGUACGCCUCAGCAUGGCGCCGGUGCACAAUAUGCCGGCUGCGUCAUCGUGGCUGCCGGGUUGUACGUGGCCGUCGGUAUCCCGAUCUCGUGGAUGCCAAACAACCUUCCCAGUCAUUUCAAACGUGCCGCCGGUCAGGGAACAAGCAUGACGGUUGGCAACUGCGCGGGAAUCUAUGCCGCUUUCCUAUAUCGUACCAACGAUAGCCCAGAGUACAAGCUUGGGCACGGCGCAACUCUCGGGUUUGUCUUUGCAUCUGGGUGUCUUUUUGGGUUGGCUUCUCUUUUGCUUCGCCGUGAGAACAAGAAGCGCGAUAGGGGAGAGAGGGAUCACAUCCUUGAGGGUAAGACUCCUGAGCAAAUUGACAGGUUGGGCGAUUACAACCCUGAGUAUAGGUACAUUUAUUAG